AAUUAUAACAGACAACACAUCAACUCAUUCAGACGACAGCAAUGAUUAUGAAGACAUCUACGCCAAUGAAGAUGUCCCAGAGACGGAUGUGACCGCAACCCGUAAAGCAACUAUGACCUCAGCAGGAAGCAGAUACUACAGACUGGCUGCAGUGUGUCUGGGGCUGCUGUGUGUUCUCCUGCUUACUGGCAUCACAGUGCUGUGGAUCAAGUUCAACAACCUGACUAUAGAGAGAGACCAGUUACAGACCAGCUACACCAGCCUGACUAUGGAGAGAGACCAGUUAAAGACCAGUUACAUCAGCCUGACUAGAGAGAGAGACCAGUUACAGACCAGCUACACCAACCUGACUAUAGAGAGAGACCAGUUACAGACCAGCUACACCAGCCUGACUAUAGAAAGAGACCAGUUACAGACCAAUAAUGACAACAUGAAGAAUGAGAUGGGCCAAUUACAGAAAGAAAAGGAAACACUUCAGAAGAAACUGUCACUAUUAGAGCAAGAAAAGAUCACUUUCAGGGACAGUUUCUACUACAUCUCUACUGAGAAGAAGAGCUGGAGCGCAAGCAGACAGUUCUGCAGAGAGAGAGGAGCAGACCUGGUGAUCAUAAACAGCAGAGAAGAACAGGAGUUCAUAGGUAAAGUAUUUGGCUGCACUGAAGCUUGGAUUGGUCUGACAGACAGACACUCAGAGGGGGAUUGGAAAUGGGUGGACGGCUCAGCUUUGACUACUAGUAAGAAGUUCUGGUUUAACGGGGAACCCAAUGAUUAUGAAGGAAAUGAGGACUGUGCUGUAUCUGGCUAUAAAGGUGCUGGAUCGGAACGUGUGUCAACCUGGGCUGAUUAUCCGUGUAAUCACCAUGAAAUUAAAUUUGUAGGUAUCUGUGAGGAAAAAAAAAUAAUUUAGUCUACAUGAGACUAAAUUACUAAGACAUCCUUUGGACUCUGCUACAUGCAUGUUAUGUCAGUCAUUUGGCUCGACUCAUCGCGUUUGAUAUAUCCACCGCUCCUCCAGAACUCGACUCACCUUGUUGACCUUGUUGUCCAGAACAACUUUGACAUGUUAACAAAUGAGAAUAUCGUCGUAUGCGUUCACAAGUUUACCCAUCAUGUCAUGCAGGACGUUGUUGAUGAAAGUCUAGAAGAUGCAGGAGCACUGGAAAGGCCAGCAUUACUAAGUGUUCAUAGUGCCCCCUGGUGGUGACAAAAGCAGUUUGACACUGUUUUCGCACUAGGUUAUCUGCACUCUUUAAAUCUAAUUUGGUGAAAUAUUGAGUCACUCUGACUUGCUUAAGUGUUACAGGGAUGAGAGGAAGUGGGUAGGUUUUUUGUGAUUUGGUUAAGUCUUAGGGAAUCAGUGCACUGGUGAAGACCACCAUCCUUUUUCUUUACAAAAAAGAAACCAGAAGCCACCAAUGAGGUGCAUGGUCUAAUAAAGCUUUGCUAUAAUGCUUCCCAUAUGUAAGAAUCCAUGGCUCACUCCUCCUGCAUCAAGGGAUAUAAUCUAGACUUUCUCAGUUAGAUCAAUAGCACAAUCAUAGAGGUGAUGUGGAGGUAGUUUUGUAGCAUUCCCCUUACUGAAAACCUGUAGAAGGUCACUGUAUUCCUCAAGAAUGUUAAGAGGGGGUCGAUAGAAGAGAAAUGAAAGGCUGUGUGAUAAAUCAUAAUCUGACCACAACAGUAGUUGAUCUGAUCAUAAUCUGAGCAUAAAAUACGUGAGUUGUGUUUCUCUAGCCAAGAAAGACCUAAGAUAACAGAAAGUCCUAAAGACUCUGGAUGGGUGAUCUCAAACACUGCAUGGGUUCAUCUCUGUUGUUGGGAGAACAGAUCUUGUUUCCUUCGGGAAGCCAUAGUCUGCUGUUUGGCGUCUCUACAGGCCAGUUCUGUUAGAAUGUCAUGGUUGAGACCAUCAUGGUUGAUGUCACUAACACAGCUGGCUCAUUCCACGACGAAGCUUCUGUGCUUCUGAGUAGGCCUUGUUCUGUUCUCAUGGGUUUAUUGAGCAACCAGGAUAGAAUCCUUUCGUUCUCACCCUAACAACAACCACGGAUUUAGUUUUUUCCUAGCCAGUAUUUUUUCUACAUGAUAGAUUUUAUUUUCAGGCACAACAAUUUUCUGCAUUUCUUCUUCAUAAAAGAACCCUCUAUCAUUUCAUUAUCGUGGUCUCUUAGUUUACACAUCGGCAGGUCUCAUUUAAUAGCUUUAUCCACAAAAAAAUAUUCACCUGUAAAAGGCUGUUCAUAACCUUUCAUGAAGGGUCUGCGUUCAUUGGAAAUCCAAACCAGGUUGUCUACUUUAAACUUGGAUGGAUUUUUUUGCCAUACAAAUGAUGAAACACCUUUAUUUGAUUGGUCUCAUUCACCUCUUGCAGGCGCAUUUGAAUAGAUCUAUGAAAGGUGUCAUUAUAAGAACUGAAUGUAUUAAAAGCUGUAAAAUAUCUAAA